AGCAUCGGUUCCAGUUCCUUUGCCUUGGACCUUUUCCUUUGGCCCCUUCUCCUCUCCCAUCGAUACCAUCCUACUCCCAUGUUUCUUCCUCUGUUUCAACAAAUUCACAUUGCAAGGGAACGUUUAGGUUUACCUCAACUACUAUUUAAACCCACUUUGAUUCUCUCUCACCCUGAAUUAAUAACAGUCAUCUUCUAUUUCCUUAUAAACUACAUCUCUCUUUCUCUCCGCUGAAACUAAAACCCUACACCACCCAAGAAUUACGCGUAUUCAUCAUCAUUAAUGGAAGACAGUGUUAAAGAGAAGAGACCCAAGUUCUGCAUCAAUGACCACGUAGACAUUCUUUUGGAAAUCCUGAAACGACUCGACGGCCGCUCUCUCUGUGUUUCUGCCUGCGUCUGCCGUCUCUGGUGCACCAUUGCCCGCAACGACUCUCUCUGGGAACAUCUGUGCUUCCGCCACGUUUCCCCUCCUCCCUCCUCUGGCGUCCGCCCCGUCGUCGUGGCUCUCGGUGGCUACAAGAGGCUGUACAUGGUGUGCGUGCGGCCCGUGCUGAGUCGACUGGGCCGAUUGAGGCUUGCUGGUGACUCGGACCGGGUCAGGAGGGUGUGGACUCGGGAUGAGGUCCAGCUCUCGCUCUCUCUGUUCUGUGUUGAUUAUUAUGAGAGACUUGGGAGACUCGGUGGUGGCGGGGAUGCGUCCGGAUCGUCUCUCAUGUUCCUCUGCAAGCCUGUUAAUGUUUGAUUUGUUGACUCUUUUUUUUCUUAGACUUGUUCGUUUGAUUGAUUGGUUAGUGCUUGAGCAACAGCGAUUUCAUGGUGGUCAGUCCCGCACAAUAAAAAAAAAUGAAGAGUGGGAUUUUAGGAUAUGCUAGUAAACCACACAUUAGCAUUCGACCAAAAUAUUCAUUAAAAAAAAUUAAUUAAUUAAUUUGUGUGUAGUCUAGAUUUUAUGGAAUAACAUGGGAACGGUUGUGUUUGUAUAGUCAA